UGUGCAAUAUGCUUGGUUGCGUGUACUAGCAAUUAGCUGCUGUUUUUAGCCAGCAUUCGACUACAGCGGCACAGCCGAGACUGUUGUGGCUAUCAUUAUAACACAAAACAAAAAUACCCGGUGCGUUGAUGGGAUUGGAUGGAGUGCAGAUCUCCUGUAGCUAGUGUAGGCGAUUACUGAGUGCUGCUCGCUUGAAACAAGUGUGCGCCCUGCACCAAUUCGCCAUCCCAGACUGGCAGUGUUCGCAGGUCCAGGGCUGCACGGCGCCCGGCGUGGCAUUCACACGCUCGUGGUCAGAUAACACCGAGCAGCACUGCGCAUGCAUGUGUGCAUGUAGGCUUUGGACCGAUCGGGAGAGUCACAGUUACCCCUGUUACUGAGUCGUGGUGCAUUAACUAGCACAAUUGCAGUGUUCACGAGGCCUGCACUGGCUGCAGAGAUUCACGCUGCUGCUUGUUGACGCCGUUUCUGCUGAUCCGAUAUCCGAUGUAUGGCCGCCGUGGGACUACACAACUAGUACUCCAGGAAGGUUGUGUAGGGGAAGUGGAGAGGCCGAAUGCUCACUGGUGCCUGCCAAGAUAUUGACGUAUGCCGGUAACACGGGCUAACAAUAGCAGCAUCCACCUCUUCAGCUUGCCGGCAGGAGCUUGGAGAUGCACCGAAGGCAAGCCAACGGUGAUCAGCAUGGGUCGCUUUAUGAGAUCUGCAAGCGUGGGGACCUCGUGGCACUGACAAGGUUGCCUAUCAAUGACAUCAAGAAGGGGCUUGGAGUGAAGAUAACUGUCGCCAGGUACACACCACUGCACAUUGCUACGGUAAAGGGCCAUGUCAAGAUCCUGGAGUACUUACUCGACAAGGUCGAGGACCUUGAUCCGAACGUAGUCGACCACACCAAGCGUACUCCUCUGCACUUGGCCAUUGCCAAUCGCCAGUUGCUCUGUGCUGACGCUCUUCUCGCCUACAAACGUGCCAACAUCAAGCUCAACCAGCCAGACGGCUAUGGCAGGGGAGCGGUGCGAUGCGCCCACGCCCUGAGCCAGGAAAUCGACGGCAACUCGUUCUUCUACUUGCUUGUCCUUGCCACAUGGCUGUAUCAAGACAUGCGCAAGCUGAGUAAGCCAGCAAGCGGUGAACAGAGUACUAGAGGUCAUGCGCUGGACCUGCUCAAGGGUAUUGCCGCCGAAAUCCACGCGGCCGAGGUGAAGCACGAGGAGGAAGACAACCGGGCCGAUGCCAAGAUUGCACUGGACAGCGCGCGGAAGAUGCUCUACCGUGCAUGCAGAGAAUGCUACGAGACAACGAGCGACGUGCGACUGCUCGGCAAGGCCUUGCAGGCCGGCCUGGGUGAAAAGCUGUCAGAGCUGUUCAAGGACCUGGUGACCCCUCACCACAGGCCGCCCGGCACGCCAUCUCUCAGCCACCACGGCGGUGCGAGGGGAGUGCUGCGGUGCGGCCUUUCUCCAGCCAAGGAGAAAGCCAUCCUGGUGACAGCAAUAGCGGAGAUGGCACGCCUGGGACAGUGUCACAUCCUGCGCUGGGUGUUCGGACAGGACGCUCCGCCGUCAGAAGCGCCGCCGAAGGUCACGCCGGCCGUACUGUGGUCGUGGGUGCGCGAGUGGCACGCGCUGACCGAAGCCUACCCGGAGGAGCGCUCCACCAACCUGGUCGUGGCCAUACAGCUGGCGCGGAUCAGCGGGGAGGAGCUGUGCGUGGGCGUGCUACUCUGUCAUUGUUAUAACAUGCACGGCAGUGGCAGCGGUGGCGUCAUUGCAGCGGCCACGCAGGCUGAAGGCAAGAAACUGGACUGGUCGGGCCGACGGCUCACUGACAAGCAUGUACUCAACAUCCUUGCCGUCAGCAAAGAGCUCGGCGACGAAACGUUUGCACGGCUGUGCCGGGAGGUGACGACGCUCAGCGUUGCUGACAACGUCCUGGUCACCAAGGUGCCACGCGCCGUGCGCUACUUUCGGUCGCUGACGUGCCUGGACCUGUCGCAUACAUCGCUCAGGGACAGUAGCCUCACGGGCGACAUCUUCCGACUGCCCAAGCUGAUCGAGAUACGCCUGUCUGGCUGCGGCCUAACGUCACUGCCCAAGGACAUUGCCUACUUUGGCCAUUCGCUCACCGAACUCUACCUGGAUGAGAACAAGCUCAAUGAGCAUCACCUCCCGGAGUGUCUUCAGUACAGUAACCUCAGCACGCUGGACCUGUCGUGCAACGAGCUAACCACACUGCCAGCAUUCCUCUGUGGCAUGAAGCACCUGAAGUUGCUGGACAUACGCCAGAACAGCAGUCUACAAGCGCUGCCCGCUGAGUUUGGCUUGCUGCACUCACUGCAGAAAGUGUGCACAGCUGGCUGUGGCUUCACGCAGGAAGUCAACGAGAAGCUGGCACAGAGGCUGACACAACUGAAGCAGGACAUGUACCAUGCCUAUUUCGACUACAUCGACGUGGCCGUCGGUCAGAUCGCGAUUGUUGGACGUACUUGUCGCAAGAAGGACUGGCUCGUCAGGCACUUCCAGAACCACUUUGAGCCGGGCGAUGAAGUUAAAUACCAGGCUGUGCUCGAUCUUGGCACGCCAGAAUUCCUCGCCGAUGCUGGUCCGCUUUUCUGCAGCGGCCGAAGCACGACGUUUGUCGUUUGCUGCACCGAGGAAUCUGACGUAGAGGACAUUGUUGAGGUAGAGCAACGGAUCCAAGAGUUCUUGUCCGUGCGCAGCUCCACCCGCUCCGCACGGACCACCACAGAAGGGCACGUGAGAGCGCAGCAGUGCGGAGAGAUCAGAGUGCGGGCGGUCGUGAUUGUCUCGCCGCGCACUCGCACGGAGAAUGUGGAAGUAAAGUUCCGGAACUCUGCGGUGUCAAUUGUACAGUACAGCGAGCACGGCGGCUUGACACCUGAUGCCUCUAAGUUUAUCUCCAAGAUUUUGAAGUUGUCUUCCAAUAAUGCCUGCAGAAUUCCAAGAAAGUUCCAAGACUAUCACCACAGGUGUCUCACGGCACGGCCUCUGCUUAUCGCCGAGCCAGAAUUCUGGAAGUUGAUCGGUCCAAGGAAACGCGGCAUCAUCAUGGACUCCAUCUUCACGGAGGAUCUAUUUGACUUCCUCUUUGCGUGUGGUAGAGCACGGCGCCUGUACGGAGUGUCUUCCCAGAACCACUGUGUGGUCUGCACCGAUAUGCCCAAGCUCUGCUCGUGGCUCAAGGCUAUGGCCAGCGCUGAUGAAAUGCCCACGCCGAAUCUGCCCCACCCUGGAAGCUCUCUACCAGCUGGUAUAGUCGAGCGGCAUGGCCACUUGAGUGGUGUUGCGGCACAGCAUGGCGCCACCCUAGACUCACUAGCUGACCGGGCUUCUGCCUCUGUUGACCUGGUCGAAGUCCUGCUGCAUCUCCUUGAGACCUACAACAUGGGUGGCUGCGUGAGCCGCAACCAUAUCUACUUGCCUCACAUGCUAGCACACACUGCACAGCCUGAUGAUGUUACUGCAGCGCUGGCAAAAGCCGAAGACAUCGUGCAUCGCUACUACGUCAUCUCCAGGGCGGUUGGCUUUGCCGGGUACGGCCACCGUCUGCUGUCGCAAGUCCUGGGCCGCUUGCCAGAGCUUCUGGACGGCGUUGCUGCACGGCCGCCUGCGCUUGUAACGCGCUGCUGGAGAGACGGUAUUGCAGUGCUGGACCUCAGCAACACUGACACUGCCGCUACCACUGGUGGCUUCGCUAGACCGGUGCUAGUCGUGCGCACAUUCCGCCGCGGUACUGGCCAGCUAAGCAAGGGCACGGUGUGCAUCUCGGCCCCACUGCCGCUCAGCGCCUUACUGCUGCACGUCCUGGAUCUGGCGGCGCAGCUCUGGCACGACGACACCGAGCAGAGGGGCGUCACCAAUGUCGGCGUGGAGCAGAAGAUCUUGUUUGCAAAGUGUCGCCCGGAUGAGUGUCGGUGUGGAGUGGUGGACGGUAGUGAGCGAGUGCCGCAAUGUCAACGUCACCCACCGCCGCCCAUGGACCUCUCGGCUAGCUCUACUGUACCGCGUGCUCUGGCCGACGUCGAUCCAUCACUCAUUGACAAAGACUUUCAGAGUCCAGAAGUUCUCCUGGCUGAAGGCAGCUACGGAGAGGUGUACAGGCACGGUGAAGAGGCCGAUGGGAAGGUCAUGAAGAUGAUGACACGUGACAGUAACAGCACUGAUUACACGCCUGCGCUGCUGGAGCUACGCAGGGAGUGGCGCAUCUUGCACGCGCUGCAAGCCUCGCCGUUCACCAUCCGGACAUUCGCCAUCGGCCUCAUGCCAAGCCGCAUCAUCAUGGAGAACGGUGGCCAGUCACUGAGGCAGUACAUUGCACCCAGUCACAGUCGACCGCCACGCCCGCUACUGCUCAGGAUGAUAGUGCAGAUGGUCGCGGCAGUUGCGUUCAUGCACGAUAUGGGCUACGCACAUCGGGAUCUGCAGCCGGGCAAUUUCCUUGUGUGCAGUAGGGACCUGAACCGCCUGAACAUCAAGCUCGUCGACUAUGGCACGUCGAUCUACAUGCCGAGCGGGCGCUGCCGAGCAGAUAUCGGUGCCGACCAUUACCAGGCGCCGGAGAUGAACCCCAUGCAUAUGGCGUACUGCCAGGAGAAGACGCUGCAGGCGGACAUGUUCAGUCUGGGCAUCACCAUCCUGGCACUGCUGGCCGGCAAGAGCGUGUCGGCCUUCUUCCGUCACACGGUCAGCGGGCAGCACAGCGGACGGGGCUUUGAGAUGCACACCGGCCUCCUGGAGGAGGCGGUCAGGAGUCGCACGGGGCUGGCCGGCCUGCUGCACCUGGCGCGCUCCGCCAUCAAAGUGGACGCCGUCGCGCGGCCGACGUCCCACGACGCGCGCCUGUUCGCCUGCAGCCUGGAGGCGCUGAUGAUGGUGCACUGUGCGUACCAGCUGACAGUGCAGCACAUGCCCCGUGCCAGCGUGUUUGCCGUGUUGCCGGAAGCGGAGAGCGGCAUGGUUGCCGGUGGCGUUGCCAUGGCUAUGAACUGCGGCGGUGGCACGGGCGACAACGUCCUGGUCCGCUUCCCGCUGGCGCAGGAGGAAUCCGUUCCCAUGGCGAUACGCCGCCGUUCCUGGAAGACCCGCGUCAACGGGCUGCACGUGGUCAUGGCAACGGAGCCCGACCGGCGACACCGCCUGGUGAUCUGCUCGCGGGGGCGCUUGGAGAUCUACGACAUCGAUCACGACGGCAACGUGGACCACGACGUCAACGGGGACGACAAGUGUGAGUAUCGGCAUGAGGACGCCCCGGACCAUGAGUGGAUGUGCGCAGUGUCGGACACCGAGUACAUAUACGCCGGCAACACGGCCAACACGGUGCUGGUGUUGCGCAAGUGGGCACGCAGACCGGAGCCGUUCCUGGUGCACGAGAUCCCGGACGUCGUGGAGCACAAGCCGUAUUUGGGCAUAUCGGCCAUGGAGGCAGUGCGCCUGUCCGGCCAUCGCGACCACACCGUCCUGGUCAUGAUAGCUAAGCUGCGCAGUAAGUGUCAGCUGCUGGUGUGCGAGAUCAAGUUUGAGCCCACUGUCGAGUCGCACGUCCUGCCACCACUUGCCGACACGGAGGAGGAAUCGGAAAAGUUCCGCUGCCUCGCCGUGGCCACGGACCGCAAGAGCAUCUGGGUGAGCUCCGGAGCAACUGCCAAGCUGUACGGCGUAUUGCCAAACACGUACGGCUUCAUUGCGGAGAUCCGGCUCGACCAGUACACAGCCCCGGUGCAGAGCGCUCAGGGCGCACCCACCUACAUUAAAAGCCUGUGCUGCUUCAAGGGCAUUCUGUACGCCGGCACGGAGAAUGGGUUCAUCUAUUUGAUGCACGACGGCGCCCGCCGCGACCUCCCCGCACCGUCUCGGAUGAUUGCACGCCUGAAGGCGCACCACCGGGAUGUCCAUCAUCUCGUCUGCAAGCGCAUGCUGGUGGCUGGUAUGAGUGACGAGCGCGAUGUGCUGCUCAGCUACGGACUAGGUAACGGCCUGUGCCCGCUGGACCGAGCGCCAACGCGCGAUGCCGUGCCGCUGUGUGGCGCGGCAAGACGCAGCCAGUGCCCGCACUCCCCAAGACGCCGUCGCCACCGCACCCAGUUCGGUCUGGGCGCGUAUCUUGGCGUGGACGACGACCCCGGCGAUGACUCGCAGGCUGGGCACAAUGGAGCGGUUUGCACGGGCGGCGCUGCUGCACUGGGCAUGCAUUCUCCGUCCGCAGAGUCUGUUGCUGCUUCUAGCGCCGCCGCUACUGCUGCUGCUGAUGCUGGCGCUGCUGCCUCUGCUGCUGCUGCUGAUGAUGAUGAUGAUGAUGAUGAUGAUGAUGAUGCCUCUGCUGCUGUUGCGGCUGUUGCAGCUGCUACUGCUGCUACCACUGCUGCUGCCACUGCAGUUGUUCCUGACGGUGGCGGAAUCUCUGAGAAUCCUGCCGCAAGCGCUAGCCCUGUUAGCCCGGAUCAUGCAGAAGAUUCUGAUGAAGACCCCCAGAUGAUGAGCUCCAUGGAAGGAGGUCUGGAGACAGACUCAGAGAUUGCACAGAGUGGUGAUGAAACAGUCACGGUGGCCAAUGCUUUCGCUUCCGUUACGAUCGCCGACGAUGGCAUCUCUGGCAGGGCAGACGCUACAGUUUCCAGCUCUGGAGCAAAUGCAACAGCAGCAUUGCCAGCAGCAGCUGCUUUGCCACAAAUAGCACCAGGAGGAAUGGGUGAUGACCCAACAGCAGCAGCAGCAGCAGCAGUCGCGAAUACUGCAGCUCUGUCGAGCAGUAAUCCUGUUGCCGUGGUUACAGCUGGUUCCGAAGCAGAGGACCGUGCUCUACCAUCCGAACCAGCAGUACCUGAUUUGCACGAGAGACCUGCACCGCCUACGCCGGGUCAGCAGGUAGCCAGCCGCCGUGGUCUCAGCGACAUCAUGGCUGGACGUGCGCCGGGUAGUGGUGCUGCUGGUGUUGGUGCCGGCGGUUCUGGUGCUGGUGCUGGUGGUGCUGGUGCAUCACCCACGUCUCCAUCUGAGUCAUUGACUCUGGGACGCAGUGAAGUGCUGCGCCACUCUGAGAUGGUUGACCCGCACCCGUGGCCACUGGCCGAGGAUGACGAGGGCUAUCGCGAGACCAACGGUACUCUUCCGAUGGUCGUGGCCGUUUGGGAGGCACUUUCACCCGAUGACAUCAGUAAACUUGCUGACUUCGGAAAGUGGAUCAGAGACAUAUGAUAGUAACGGUCAGCAGGCUUGCGUUCUGCUAUUCCAGGCCCCAACACUUGCUUCUCUUACGAUCUGAUAGCCCAGAAACAGGCCAACUGGUCAGUGAAACUUGAUUGAUCAAACAUGCAUGCAUUCUUUACUGCCAGAGUGUUACUUUCAGAAAGCUGUCUUACAAACCAUUGCUGAAGCGUGUGCUUCCACGUAUGUUUGGAGUCUCGUUGCAAGGCUCCGCUCAAGUUGGAUGGAACCAUUGCGUAACUGCAUCAGUGCAAUUGAUCGCCAAUGAUGUGUUUCCUCAAUGCACAGCCGUAAAACGUCAUUGCCACAUCUGCCUGUGUGUGAGGAUCUGCAGUGUGCUGUAUGGUGAAAAAGACCUACGAGUACAAGUGCCGGUGUAUUCUUGUGCAUGUGCUGUUACGGUCACAGUUUACUGUGCCCGGCCGGCUGGCGCACCACAACCAAGCAGGCACCGAACGCUGUGCAUUGUCUUGAGGUUCAAUGCUGCUUGCUGGACACCGCAUUCAACACUGGCGCACGUUGAUUCUAUGCUACCGUAUUUUACCGGUUGUAAGUCGACCCCGGUUAUAAGUCGACCCUUCUAUCUGGAGGUCUCAAUUCUGCGUUUUAAAGUUUUCACCCAAAGAAGCACUACUUACCACCUCUUGUUACUAACACAUCAACAAAUCAUGUAAACAUUCCUUAUUGGAGGAUAUAACGUCCCAAUCCUUGAAACAGGCCAAUAAACUGGCAAAAUGUGUAAACAUGGUGCACUCGUGCAUGCAGUGCAGGUCAUUUUUUGAAGAUUCUGAUAGUUACCGGUUAUAAGUCGACCCCCACCCUUUCUCCUUCUAUUUUAAGUCGUAAAAGGUCGACUUACAACCGGAAAAAUACGGUAUGCGUUUUGAGCCGGAGAGAGAGAGAGAGAGAGAGAGAGAGAGAGAGAGAGAGAGAGAGAGAGAGAGAGAGAGAGAGAGAGAGAGAGAGAGAGAGAGAGAGAGAGAGAGAGAGAGAGAGAGAGAGAGAGAGAGAGAGAGAGAGAGAGAGAUGUACAGCACGCGCUGCAGUGCAAUCGCGCGAUGCCGCUUCUGCGUGCACUGCACUAUCCACGCCACUGAGUGCAUGGUAUCUUCUGGUUGGAAAUCUCUAGAGGUAAGCUGUGCUGCAUGCAUGUAGUUGACUAAUGCAUACACUGUACAUGCACCAUGUGGCCAUGUCAACUGGCGAAAGCAGCUGCCGCCUCUAGCUGAUCGCCAACGCCGCGCUCAACAACUGGCCUUUAGCCUAAACUUGGAGUAGCUCUAGCCAUUUCAAUGAUUUCAAUGAUUGAUUUUCAUACUUGAUAACGUUAAAAAACCGCUAUCGUUUUUGCCAGAGUUCUUCUAUAUUGUUUUGGAGCUUUGCAUGUCUCCAUCAUCAGAUUGCCGGAGUUACACGUAGCUGACCGGCCUGCUCAGGCAAUGUUUUCUCUACUA